GGCUAGUCCUGCUAGUCCCCCAGGCUAAUCCUAUCCGUGACAGCUUCGUCCGGCUUCUUUCUAGCCUUCUCUCUAGCCUCUUCUUUUUCAUCUCUUCUCUUCGUCGUCGUCUUUCGAUCCCGCCCCUCGUUGGCCCCUCUUCGUUCGCUUUUCGCUCUUUCCACGGUCUUAUAUUUACUGUCGUUCAUCCUCUCUAUCUUUUUGUCUCUCUCUCUUUCUCUCUCACACACAUCACCAUCGAAGACCAUCUAUCUCCUUACUAGUCCGCCACAAGAUUGAUCUAGUCAGAGAUCGAGAUCCCUCUAGUCACUCGUUUGAUAUUCCUUCGGCUCCACAUUCGCUUCUCGAGCCUUCACAUCUACUGCGACAAACUUCCACUACGCGACACUCCUAUUCUGUCGCAUCGCCAACCUACAAAACUCCCUCCAUCGCUAUUGGCGAGCUAUCCACGCCAUGAAACUCUCCAAUAUACUCCUCUGUCUGGCCCCCACGAUCGCCCUCGCAGCCGAUCAAAUCCCUCCGGCACCCACCCCCGCCAUCCCGCAUUCCACACCCUCGACCUCCCUCCUCAACAACCUAGACCCAUCCAACAGCGACGCGAAAGAACCGCUCGAACCGCAGCAAGUAUUACACCUCGCCAACGACAACGCGCCCCUAGCUCUGGUGGAAGAAGAUCCCGCGACAACCACCGUCCCGGAUCCGUGGCCCGCCCCAGCCAAGGGACACAUCGGCUUAGGGACGUUGACCCCGUCGCCGGGGGCUACCAAGUCUUUGCGCGCGCGGAGUGAAGGCACGCUGGGCCAGACCCCGUGGAUCGGGAUGGCGAUUGGCUUGACGUGUACUGCUCUGGCGGCGGUGAUGCUGGGGUGAUGAAAUCAUAUGUUGGAUUCGCCUUACCUUCUUCUCUUAUAUCCUCUUUCGCCUUCUUCGCCUUUCUUCUUUAUAUUCUUUUAUUUCGACCUUUCUUCUUUUUCUCUAUCAUUUAUUUCUCACCAGUAUCUUGCAACCGGGGUUGUGAUCUUGCUGCGAGCAGCUUCGAUACUGGAUUUGAAAGACGCGGACCCAUCGCGACUAAUACGUGUGGAUGCGAUGGCCGCGUUGGUAUAUUUUCUUCCUUUUCUUUCUUUUCUUCUUCUUUUACUGCACCAUACCCACAUGUAUAGACGGGUGCAGACGCAUGGACGUGUACAUGAUACCUUUUGCUUUUUGCUUCUUUACUGUUAUGGAUGAAUAGCUUGGUUAGCUGGUGAGAACAGCUGCUAUGAUGAUGGUGGCUCUUUUAGAUGCUAUAGAUAGAUAUAUACAAUACCAGCUAUAGCUUUAC